AAGACGGCUGUACUUCCGGUCUCGACCUCUAACUUUACUGGCCACUUUUUAGGUCUUUUCUUUGAAACUACUCGCAUUUGUGGGUUGUAUUAUCGACGUGCCAUGGAGGGGUCGGAUGCAUACCUCAUACGACCCAAUUACCAACACAAAUUCAAGCCUGCCGUCGUGAAGGAAUGCAUACAUGAAAUAGUGAAGGGGCGCCUCGCCGAAGCGCUGUAUGACCAAGAUGAAGUCUCCGAGCUGACACUCACGCUUGCAGACUGCGUUAAGGACAAAGUCAAGAAGUUGGGGUUUGAGAGGUACAAGUUUGUUGUGCAAGUGACCAUUGGAGAACAGCGUGGGCAAGGAGUCAAGAUGUCUUCAAGGUGUUUAUGGGAUGCUGAUACUGACAAUUAUGCAGAAUAUGUUUUCAUGAAUGACUCUUUGUUCUGUGCCGUGGCAGUCUUUGGGAGCUAUUUCUACUGAGGAGGCAGAGGGCAGCUGCUGAGAUUGGAUUGCAUCCCCAUACGGAUUCUACUCCGCCUGUCCACAGAUGCUCCUUGAUUUUCAAUUCUCCGAGUGAUAUCACCCGACGUCCACCGCUCACGUAUUCUAAUUCCAUUAUCAUCCCUCCUCGCUGUCAUUAUCGCUAAGUAGUGUGUUUAUAUGCAUCAUUUAUGCCCCGUUAUCAUUAUCCCUCUCUGCCAAAUUGGAUUCCAUUCACUUGUAUCUCAUGCUGAAGCUGCAUUGAUGUUCUAUGGUAACCACUUCAAAUUGUUAAACUUAAUAAGGUUUUGUUCCACUGGAGUUACAUAUUUUCAACCCUGGCCUAAUGUAAAUAGGAAAGCACACAUUUGAUUUAUGACACAGGACAGCACUGGAUUGCAUUUGCAGCUGCUGUGGGUCAUGGUGGAAAUCAUGUCAGGGACAAAAACCACAUUGCAAUUUUCUCUGUGCAUGUUCUUUUCUUUUUCAUAAAAUUGCUGAGCAUAUAGAUAAGGCAAGUUCUGUGUUCCUUGGGGUUCAGAACUGCGCAUAUUUCACUUUAUUCAGGGCUUCAAAUGAAACGUCACUGCAAACAUAUUUGCACCCUCUUCCUGCUCCAGCACUGAUAAAGUAGGCAGGUUGUCCAGGAUACAUACAAAGUCCCCCUUGUGUCUUGU